AUAUAUUUGCUGUCGACAAUUUUCGGUGGUUGGAAUAAAAUAUAGAUUUUUUUAAUAUAUUUUCCGAAUCAUUUAUAAAAGUUCUACAAUUUAUUAAUAUAUUUUUUUUAAUUACAACCGUAUUAGUUAAAUAUGGCUGCUUUAUUGGCUCGGACGGGUAUUUUGAAUGAAAUCGUAAACCCAAAGGUUGGGCAAAAGAUUCUUGCGCUUGCGACCAGUGGAAGUCUGCAGAAAAGGAACCUUAAUGUUCAAGAACAUGUCUCAUACACUUUACUUAAUGGAGCAGGUAUCCCAACCCCAAAGUUUGGUGUAGCAAAGUCUGGUCAAGAAGCUAAAGAAAUUGCCCAAAAACUUGACACGAAUAAUCUUGUGUUGAAAGCGCAAGUUUUAGCUGGUGGACGUGGUAAAGGUCAUUUUAAAAAUGGCUUAAAGGGUGGUGUACGCGUUGUCAAUACACCUACUGAAGCGCAAGAAAUUGCCAGCAAGAUGGUGAAUCAACUUUUAGUAACCAAGCAAACUGGCGCUGCUGGUCGCAUCUGUAAUUCUGUUAUGGUUGCGGAGCGUAAAUUCCCACGCCGCGAAUUCUAUUUUGCCGUUAUGAUGGAGCGCGCCUUUAAUGGUCCAGUUAUCAUUGCUUCGUCUCAAGGUGGUGUUAAUAUUGAGGAAGUGGCUGCAGAAAAUCCUGAUGCUAUUGUUUAUGAACCAAUUGAUAUUAAGGUUGGAUUGACACCUGAUCAAGCAGCUAAGGUGGUGAAUUCCGUUGGUUUGGGCGAAUUCCAAGAGGAAACCGUAAAAAUGCUAAUGAACAUGUAUCAGCUGUUCGUAAAGAAGGACGCUUUACUCAUUGAAAUUAAUCCUUAUGCAGAGGAUGCUCUCGAAGGCUGUUCCUUCUUCGCAUUGGAUGCUAAAUUCCGUUUUGAUGAUAAUGCUGAAUUUCGUCAGAAGGAAUUGUUUGCAUUACGUGAUUGGACCCAAGAGGACCCCAAAGAAGUGGAGGCAGCUAAAUUCGAUUUAAACUACAUCGCUUUAGACGGUACUAUCGGCUGCAUGGUUAACGGAGCUGGUUUAGCCAUGGCCACUAUGGAUAUUAUUAAACUCUACGGUGGGGACCCAGCUAAUUUCCUUGAUGUCGGUGGCGGCGCAACCGCACAAGCUGUGAAGGAAGCCUUCAAAAUUAUUACUGCCGACCCAAAAGUUCACUGUAUUCUAGUUAACAUUUUCGGUGGUAUUAUGCGUUGUGAUGUUAUUGCCGAGGGCAUUAUUGCUGCCGCCAAAGAUUUGAAUAUGAAAAUGCCAAUUGUAGUUAGACUGCAGGGCACAAAUGUGACCGAAGCACGAGAAUUGAUUCGUCAAUCAGGUUUGAGGAUUAUACCACGUCACGAUUUGGAUGAAGCUGCCAAUUUGUCUGUGCAUUUGGCUCAGAUCGUUCAUUUAGCGCGAGAAAUGAACAUGGAUGUUAGCUUCGAGAUCCCAGACAGUGUGAACAAAAAGCCUGCUCCGAAAGGUGGUAGUGAUGAAGGCGGCAGUCCCAUUUGCAAACCCAAGAAAAAAAUCACUUGUGACAAAAAACCGAAAUGAAUUAAGUGUUUACUAUGGAAUUUUCAUUUAUUUUUUCAAAAUUUUAUGUAUUCGUUUGCACAUUAUAUCAAAAACAAUUUAUUAAACAAGUUUUCGACUCCAUAAAAACGGG